AUGGGAGAAUCUGACCCAAUUCUGUUCUUUGCGGCAAGACGUGGAUUCUAUACAGAUGGAGUCAGUUUUAUAGUGAUUGUUGGCUUGAGCCCACACGAAGACAAAUUCUAUCGAGUAACUGAACGGAAGCUAACGGAAAAAGGAAUACAACUUGGACAGUUUUUGAUGGGAACAGUGGUUUCAACUGAAGUUGUCAAGGACUUUCAACUGACAAAUUAUCCUUUGGAUGUGGAAAUAGAUGGAAAUGUGGCUUCAAUAACACUUCAAUCUGAUAGUCUAGUCCCUUCGAUCAAUGGAACUCAUGGGUUCAAAACAAAACCGUUCGGAAUAGUUAGAGCUUUGGAUAAGAGUAUUCAACCUGGAAGCUAUACAAUCAAAAUUACUGCGAAGUCAUCCUCGUUUUCCAAAGGAUCGCCAUUAUGCGCUGCAGUUGUUUUGACAACGGACUCUCAAUUGCCUUCUGAAACCAGUUCAUAUGUCAACUAUCAUCACGCUUCAGCUCGAUCUUCAAGUACAAACUACAGUACGAUUUCAAUGCAAUCCAGGAAUCAUUUGAACGAUUCGGAAAAUGGGAAUCAACCUUCUUCAAACUCCCAUGACCCGGAUUCAAUGGAUGACUUGAUUGCUAGAUUACCAAAGUUAAAACCUCCUCUUCCACUACCUCGAACAGUGAAACCAAUAAUUAAUACACCAUCAAAUGCCAACUCUGAAAACAAAAUAGUCGGAUCUGGAUUCGCAGUAAAGGUUCCAGAACUGCCGAAAAGAAAUAUGACGGCGUUUGUAACGAACAUACAUGAUGCAUCGAAAUCUCGACUGUAUUUUCUGUGGAUUUGUGAUGUUCAAGAAGAAGGAAUGUUUUUCUCGAAUCGACAUGAACUGGAUAGAGGUCACUUUUUUGAGGGAACUUUCGUAAAACAGGAAAAAGGAAAGCAGGAAUGGAAGUGUAUCAGGUAUUUGAGAAAAGCCGACGAGUUGGUUCAGGGAAGUGUUGUUCGAGACAAAAUUGAGUUGACAUUACCAGUUCUGAGUUAUGAACUACCAUCUGAUCCUCUGGGAAAACCUAAUGUAUAUGCUGAACACAUUGGGAAAAUUGUUGACAGAAACAAUCGACUACCAGCCAACUGCAUUGGAAAGAAUAUUACAGUUCAGCGAUCGAAAAACAAUCAAAAUGUUUUUGAGUGGAUUGUCACUGGAAUGCUAGAGAACGAAAACUGUUCUUGA